UCUCAAUCAUUGUUCCUUCAUUUGCUUAAAACCAUUGAACAACACAGUUUCAACCUUUCCAUCAGUUUACAACACAGAGAGACAAUGGCCAGCUGCGGCGGCAUCGGCAUGGCAUCGGCUGCCUCGAGGCUGCUAUUAACUCCCAAUGUCACGGCCACUGCAAUGGCCAACAUCAACAUGACCUUUUUCCCUUCCAAAAUCAACAACAACAAUAAUUUACGGCUCGUCGUUAGGGCAGCCGAGGAGGCUUCGGCAGCAGAGCCAGCACCAGCGCCGGCAACCGCCACGGCGGAACCAGACGGCGGUGAAGCACCUAAGCCUAAGCCACCACCCAUUGGACCAAAAAGAGGAACCAAGGUGAAGAUUCUCAGGAAGGAAUCAUACUGGUACAAUAGCUAUGGAUCAGUUGUUACAGUUGAUCAGGAUCCCAAGACUCGCUACCCCGUAGUGGUUCGAUUCAACAAAGUUAAUUACGCAAAUGUAUCGACCAACAACUAUGCAUUGGAUGAGAUUGAAGAAGUUAAAUGAUCUCACUUGGCAUGU